AUGGUUCUUCAAGAUCUCGGCCGCCGUAUCAACUCGGCGGUCACCAACCUGACCCGCGAGCAGAACCUCGAUGAAAAGGCAUUCGAUGCCAUGAUCAAAGAGAUCUGCUCCGCUCUCCUCGAAGCCGACGUCAACGUCCGACUUGUUGGUCAAUUACGAAAGUCGAUUAAAAGCACGGUCAAUUUCAAUGACAUCCCUCCCGCCGUCAACAAGAAGCGAUUGAUUCAGAAAGCCGUCUUUGAUGAGCUGGUGAAGCUCGUAGACCCUCAUGCGGAGCCAUUCAAGCCCAAGAAGGGCAAACCGAACGUCAUCAUGUUUGUCGGUCUGCAGGGUGCCGGUAAAACGACGACGUGUACGAAGCUCGCCCGACACUACCAGACACGAGGUUUCCGGGCGUGCCUUGUUUGCGCCGAUACCUUUCGAGCUGGUGCUUUUGAUCAGCUGAAGCAAAAUGCCACCAAGGCCAAAAUUCCAUACUACGGUUCGCUAACGGAGACUGAUCCCGCCGCUGUCGCACGUGCCGGUGUUGAGCAGUUCAAAAAGGAAAAGUUCGACAUCAUUAUUGUCGAUACCUCGGGACGUCAUAGACAAGAGUCGGCGCUCUUCCAGGAAAUGGUGGACAUUCAGGAAGCUAUUAAGCCGGACGAAACGAUUAUGGUGCUGGAUGCUUCGAUCGGUCAACAAGCCGAAUCGCAAGCCAAGGCUUUCAAGGAGGCUGCCGACUUUGGUGCCAUCAUUAUUACCAAGACUGACGGCCACGCUCAUGGUGGUGGUGCCAUCUCUGCUGUCGCUGCCACACACACACCGAUCGUGUUCAUCGGUACCGGUGAACACAUGCUCGACCUCGAACGUUUUGCGCCACAGCAAUUUGUCCAGAAGCUACUAGGCAUGGGUGACAUCGCCGGCCUGGUUGAGCACGUACAGAGCUUGAAUUUAAAUCAGCAGGAUACCAUGAAGAACAUUCAAGAAGGCAUUUUCACAAUCCGCAACCUGCGCGAUCAGCUCUCAAAUAUCAUGAAAAUGGGUCCGCUAUCCAAGAUGGCGGGCAUGAUUCCUGGCAUGAGCAACAUGAUGCAAGGGAUGGAUGAUGAGGAAGGAGGUGCCAAGUUGAAGCGCAUGAUCUAUAUUUGCGACUCUAUGACGGAAAAGGAGCUGGAUUCGGAUGGCAAGAUCCUGAUCGAUCAGCCCACCCGCAUGACUAGAAUUGCUCGUGGAUCCGGCACGUCCGUACGUGAGAUUGAGGAUCUCUUGACACAGCAGCGCAUGAUGGCCGGCAUGGUCAAGAAGAUGGGUGGAAACAUGAAGAAUAUGCAACGGGCCCAGCAAGCUAUGGGUGGCGGCAACAAAGCUCAACAGAUGGCGGCUAUGCAGAAGCGCCUUGCCAGCAUGGGCGGUGCCGGCGGUGCAGGAGGCAUGCCCGAUAUGGGCUCGCUGAUGAAGAUGCUUGGCGGCGGCGGCGGCGGUGGCGGUAUGCCCGGUAUGCCUGGUGGCAUGGACAUGCAGGCCAUGAUGCAACAGAUGGGCAUGGGCAUGGGCGGCGGUGGCAUGCCAGGCAUGCCGGGUAUGGGCAUGCCGGGUAAGCCUGGUAGCGGCGGACGUGGAAGACGAUGA